AAAUACGACACAAACAUUACUCUUUGUGUUUGAUUCAAAGCUUCAGCACCCAGACCUCUUCAGAGGAGAUCUGAAUGUUUACAACGGAUAGAGAUUGCACACAUACAAAUCAGGAUUGAAAGAUAAAAGGAGCAGUAGUUAUAAGAAUGGACAGCGCGCUACUGUAUGAAGAUGGCGAUGGUGUCAAAGACAAAAUCAACAGAAUUAUUAAACAGGAAACGGAAAAGGAUGAAUAUUUUGAGGAAGCCUUCUUCAUGAUUGAUAUGGAUGAUGUCAAGGGAAAGCUGAAACAAUGGCGCAAGUAUCUUCCCAGAGUGAAGCCACACUACGCUGUCAAGUGCAACAACGACCCUCAGAUUCUCUCUCUCUUAGCUGACCUCGGUGUCUACUUUGACUGCGCCAGCAGGAAUGAAAUGGCCUCUAUUCUUGGUUUGGGCGUGGAGCCAUGUAACAUCGUCUACUCCCACAGUGUCAAAUGCCGUAGAGACAUCAGAUAUGCGGCGGCUGCUGGUGUUGAUUUGAUGGCAUUUGACAGCGAGCAUGAACUCAUCAAAAUAAAGUCAAUUCAUCCCCAUGCAAGAUUGUUGCUGAGAAUAAAACCUUCAGACAAAUAUGACGUGCAGUACCGGUUAAGCAUCCAAUAUGGAUGUGAACAGCAUCACAUCCGGCCUCUUCUUGCAGCCGCUAAAGGAAUGGGACUGAAUGUAGUUGGGAUCAGUUUCCAUGUUGGAAGUGGAGUCGUGGAUGGCCGUGUGUUCAUUGAUGCCAUAGAAAGAGCUGACAGGGCCUUUGCCAUUGCCUCCGAACUCGACAUUUCUCUGAGUGUCCUGGAUAUUGGAGGGGGUUUCUUCGGGAAAACGAGAGCUCCUGUGGAAUUUAAAGAGGUUGCAGGCCUCAUCAGCAUUGCCCUGGAGGACCACUUUCCCGCUAAGAGAGGAGUGAGGAUAAUUGCAGAGCCUGGUCGCUACUUUGUGGCAUCGUGUGCGACCCUGGUCCUGACAGUUAUCGGGAAGAAGGUGAUCCAAGAUGGUGUUGCGAAAGAAUUCCUUUACUUUCUGAAUGACACUGUGUUUGGAACGUUCAACGCCGUAUUUUCGAAAUGCACUGCAGCGAACCAACCGUCGUUGCUAAAGGCUCCACGGAGUGAUGUGACCUUCAAGUCCAGUGUCUGGGGACAGACGUGUGCAGGUCACGACAUCCUUUUCAAGGAGUGUCACUUACCAGAGCUUGAAAUCGGGGACUGGUUGUUUGUCGAGAAUGUCGGCGCUUACCCCAUGUCGAUAAACAAAGGCGGGUCAUUUAAUGGAAUGCCACAACCGACACCAAUGUAUGUCUGCUCCAAACAAAUCUGGAAAUCCCAUUACUGUAAAACCUGAGGAAAACGCCACCAUCAUGCACGUUUGAAAGUGCCACAUGUAUGUUUGCCACAGCAAAAUGUACAACAAAGCUGU